UAAAAAGGAAGAAACAAACCCUGGCUGCUUAGGAAAAUCCUUCUUCAAUCUGGGGAGGUUUGGUCGGAAAUAAUGGAAGUUCAGAGGUUUAGGCAGUUGAUGCUCCUUUGGUCAAGAAUCCAAAGCAUCCGAGUGGCCCUCGUGGGUGGAAACCACACCGCUUCCAGGUUUUGCACUCACUAACUUCUCUUCCCUCUCCUCUCGCCUGAAUCAUCUCUGUCCCCUAGUUUCUUUCUUUCUCUGAUAUCAUCAUCGUCGUCUGUAAAACCAAAAAGCCCAUUUACUAGCAAAACCUGCGACACUCUCUCUUCUUCCCUUCCUCAACACUUAAAAGCAAAAAUUUUGAAGAAGAAGAAGAAAUGGGGUUGGUUCCAAGAUUUCGACCCACCAUGACCCAGUGUAGGAUCAAGCACCUGCACAGAGGUGGAAUCACUGUGACUCCUCACGAUCAGCUCAUAAUUAAGCUACCCGAUUCAAGGGUUCUUACGGUCAUCGCUCGAUCGGUGCUUCUGGCUUUGGCCAUUAUCACUUCUCCCUGGCUUGGAUCAAUGGUCAUUCGGGAUUCUUCCUUAACUUACAGUUCUGUAACUUCUGAGGCUCGCAUCCAUGGUGAAUCACUGUUGCCUGUGCUCCUUCACGACUUCACCAGCGAGGGUCUCUUCAAAUCGGGCGACAAAGCCCUCUUUGUGAUCCAACACGGCGAUGGCGACGAAGUUACAACUCACGGUGCCCAGAUCUUGAAAGCCCACGACAUGGAUCUCGUCUCUGAAUCCGAUGCCGAGAGACAGAACUCAAUCCUAGAUGGCACAUUUGAUUUCGUCAUCGCGUCUGGCUUCAUUGCCGGCGAGUUCAUCGAUCGAAUCCUCAAGACUGGCGGAAUCGUUGCCAUUCAAUUGAGCAACAAUCCCUCGAACGCCUUCUACAAACCAUCGAAUUACAAAAUCAUGUAUCUCAGGCAGUUCGAAUCCACGGUCUUGGCGUUGAGAAGACCGGCCCUGCUGAGACAAAUUCACAGACGAAGAGGCGUCUCUGUGCAUCGUCAUCAGAAGGCAAGAGGGCAGCAUUGAAUGGCCUGGAAGACGUCCUGCUUGAACCGCCACGAGCUUCUUCAGUGAAACAGAGCAACAAGUACUUGAAGAGGACCAAAUACCUCCCUGACCUAAUGGGUGAUUCUUUAGAACAGUACCCUCGUCGCCUAUUCAUCGAUGUUGGCUUACCAGACAAGAACAGCAAUGGCAGCCCGAUCUGGUUCGCAUGGAACUACCCAACAAGGAAUCGAGAUUUUGAAAUCU